UAACCCUUCCCGCUUUGGUGAGAACACUCCAGAUCUGUAAAUCCCUAAUCGCCGCAGAAAUGGCCCGCACCAAGCAAACGGCCAGGAAAUCCACCGGAGGCAAGGCUCCGAGGAAGCAGCUCGCCACCAAGGCCGCCAGGAAGUCCGCCCCCGCCACCGGCGGAGUGAAGAAGCCGCACCGAUUCCGGCCCGGAACAGUCGCUCUGCGUGAGAUCCGAAAGUACCAGAAGAGCACGGAGCUGUUGAUCCGCAAAUUGCCGUUCCAGAGGCUGGUGAGGGAGAUCGCCCAGGACUUCAAGACGGAUCUCCGGUUCCAGAGCAGCGCUGUUUCCGCGUUGCAGGAGGCUGCGGAGGCUUACCUUGUCGGUCUGUUUGAGGACACGAACAUCUGCGCGAUUCACGCCAAGAGGGUUACGAUUAUGCCCAAAGAUAUGCAGCUUGCCAGGAGGAUCAGAGGCGAAAGAGCUUAAUUGGUUAAAUUUUCUCUUUCUCUAGAAGUUAAUUUUAUCCAUCAAUCAAUGUUUAAUCAGUAGUUUUAUAUUGUCUCUGUUGUGUUGCUUGUUCUGGUUGGAAGAAAUUAAUGGAAUUCUGAAUCAGCCAGUAGAAAUUUGUUACUGGUGGUGCUGUACCAAUAAUUCAUCUAUUUUUUG